AUGACUUGGUUGGGUUGGGUCCUUGUGGCUAUUCUUUACGCAUCUUCACCAGCCUCAGGUUUGCCCACCUGCGAUGGACGCCCUCCAAUUGCCACGACGAAGAAUGGGACGCUCAGAGGCUUGUAUCUCCCCGAGUUCCAUGAAGACCUCUUUCUGGGCGUUCCCUUCGCGCAGCCUCCUCUCGGCGACCUGCGCUUAAGGCAUCCCGUCUCACUGAACGAAUCGUGGCAUGGCGUGCGAAACGCUACCAAGCGAAGCCUUACUUGUCCCGGUUAUGCCGGGUUUGAUAAAGGCUUGGACUUGGGAGAAGAUUGCCUGACGGUCGAUAUCGUACGACCAGCUGGUGUGCGCGCAGAUGAUGAGCUUCCCGUAUAUGUGUGGAUUUACGGCGGAGGUUUCACGGCUGGAGGCAGUGCUGAUCCUCGCUACAACACCUCGUACCUUGUCAAUGCUUCAGUGAGCAUCGGCAAGCCUAUUAUCGCCGUCUCGAUCAACUACCGUGUCGGCGGGUGGGGCUUUCUCGCCUCCAAGGAGAUGGAGAAGGACGAAGCGUUGAACAUUGGCCUCUUCGAUCAGCGCCUUGCUCUCAGGUGGAUUCAGGAAAACAUUCAGGGUUUUGGUGGCGAUCCUCGCAAGGUCACCAUUGCUGGAGAGUCUGCUGGAGCUUUCAGCGUGGGUUAUCAUCUUGUCGGAUUUGAAGGCGACAACGAGAACUUGUUCAGAGCUGCCAUCCUGCAAAGUGGUUCGGCCCUGGGUCCUUCAAUUCAACGUGUAACAGGCAACUAUCAGGACAUUUACAACAAUGUCACAAAAACUGUUGGCUGCUCCAAGCACAAGGAUACCCUCCAUUGUCUUCGUCAUGUCAAGUACGAGACUCUCUUCAAGGCGUUUGCUCCCUUCGUCGUCACACCCGUCCUAGAUGGCAAAUUCCUCACUCAGCUCCCUUCGGCGUCCUUCAAGAAGAAUCAAGUUGCCAAGGCCGCAAUCUUGAUUGGCUCCAACACCGACGAGGGAACCGCCACCUUCUUUGGUCCGCGAGGAACUUUGAACACUGAUAAGGACGUCGCCAAAUAUCUGUCCACCAUGGGAUCUGGGCUUGAUACCAAGACUGUCCGCCACCUCAUGCAGCUUUAUCCAGAUGAUCCAGCUCAGGGAUGUCCUUUCAAUACGGGCGAGGAGCGCUUCGAACAGAACGGGAAGCAGUACAAACGUGGGGCUGCCAUUGUGGGGGACUACGUCAUCCAUGCUGGACGACGUACAACAGCCGAAUACUUCACCUCUUUAUCUCGACGCCAUCGGCAGCCCGUCUACACAUAUCGCUUUGAUCAGGCACCGUGGGAUGAUAAGGAAGAGCUUGUUGCCACGGAAGCUCCCGUUUCCAGCACACACUACGCGGAAAUCUGCUUCGUUUUCAACCAGGAGCCAAGUGCGAGUAAGAAAAAUUCCAACUGGAUUGGUCCGCAUCCCGAGUACUACCAGCUUUCAAAGCUCAUGUCUCGAAGCUUCAUAUCCUUCGUCCAUGAUCUUGAUCCAAAUCACCAUGGAGUCAAAGGAGCCCCUAGAUGGCCAGAGUAUGGACAGGGCCAAAAGAACUUUGUCUUCAAGAUCAACAACUCCUGGGUUGAAAGAGAUGAUUGGAGAAAGCCUCAACUUGAGUAUUGGGGGAAGAUUUGGACCAAGUUGGAGACCUGA